GAUGAAAAUUCAAACCUUAAGUCGUAAGUCGUAUUAUAUAAUAAUAUAAGAUAUAAUAGGACGCGUACAUGUAUUAUUAGCAUACAUAAAAAUCGUUAUUUUCCGUUAAAAUUUGAUAAAUUUCAAAUGCUCGUAACGGCCAGAGCAAGCUGUCCUCUCAAAUACACAGAGUCUAUAUAUGUGUUUAUAUGAAAUGCAACAAAAAUUUGUAGUAUUGUCUGACUUAAAAAUAAUCCCGUCUUAAUCAAAGUUCAAAGAAUCGUUUGGCGGUGGACAUGAUUUUGGUAACAGCAGUACAGUGAUGCUUAAAUCAUGGUUAACCUAUGUGAAUGUAUUUUUCUUAAGUUGGUACUGAUUAGUAUUUUUCUACAAUAGUAGUCUUAUCAUAAUAUCAAUCAAAGGGCAAUGGAAUGUUCAUAUUUAUCAAAUGAAAUUAAAGUAUAAUUCAGGCAUAAUUAUAUUUCAUGCAUUGUAAUUAUCACCAACACGUUUCUGCCACCACCAGCUGUUGCUAUUGAAUGUCAUUAGCGGAAGCAACGAACAACUUCAUUGUAUUAUCUACAAGUAAUUAAUUACUUGUGAAAACUAAAAUGGAAAACUCUGGAAGUAUUCGAGUUGAACAAGCUGUUGUAUCAGAUGAGCCUCUAAUCAGUGCUUUAGAUAUUGCCCUUUUUGUUGUAAUAAUGACAGUAGCAUACUUUUGGUACUUCAAAAGAGAAAAACAAUCUAAUGUUUCUGAAAAAAAACUUUAUACUAUUCAACCUUCAACUAUAAAUUCAAUUGGUCAAACAUCAAAUAAUUCGUUUAUAAAAAAGCUUAAGUCUACUGAUCGUAGUUUAGUUGUUUUUUAUGGUAGCCAGACAGGAACAGCAGAAGAGUUUGCUGGUAGGAUAGCUAAAGAAGGUGCCAGAUAUAAAAUGAAAGGAAUGGUAGCUGAUCCAGAAGAAUGUGAUAUGGCAGAUUUAGUCCAAAUGAAAGAAAUACAAAAAUCAUUAGCAAUUUUUUGUUUAGCCACUUAUGGCGAAGGAGAUCCUACUGAUAAUGCUAUGGAAUUUUAUGAAUGGCUUCAAAAUGGCGAUGCUGAUUUGGAAGGACUGAAUUAUGCUGUUUUUGGAUUGGGUAAUAAAACUUAUGAACAUUACAAUGAAGUUGCUAUUUAUGUAGAUCAACGUUUAGAAGAACUUGGAGCUACUCGAGUUCAUGAAAUUGGCUUGGGUGAUGAUGAUGCAAAUAUUGAAGAUGAUUUUGUUUCGUGGAAAGAAAAAUUAUGGGAAAAUGUUUGUGCACAUUAUGGAAUUGAAGAAAUGGGUGAAGAAGCAAAUGUCAGGCAAUACAAAUCUGUAGAUUGUUCUAAUAUCUCACUUGAUCGAAUUUACAAUGGUGAAAUAUCACGUCUGAAGUCUUAUGAAAAUCAAAGAUUUCCAUUUGAUGUGAAAAAUCCAUACUUGGCUCCAAUAUUAAUAAAUCGAGAGUUACACAAAUCUGGUGGUCGUUCCUGUAUGCAUAUUGAAUUUAAUAUUGAUGGUUCAAAAAUGAGGUAUGAUACUGGUGAUCAUGUUGCAGUCUAUCCUAAAAAUUCAUCUGAACUUGUUGAAAAACUAGGACAAUUAUUAAAUGUUAAUUUAGAUAUUGUUUUUUCAUUGUUAAAUACUGAUGAAGAAUCAAGUAAAAAACAUCCUUUUCCUUGUCCCUGCACAUAUCGAACUGCUCUUACAUAUUACUUAGAUAUUACAUCGAACCCAAGGACACAUAUUAUGAAGGAAUUAGCAGAAUACGCUACUGAUCCAAAGGAACAAGAAAAAUUAAAACUAAUGGCAAGUUCAACACCAGAAGGAAAAAAAGAAUUUCAUGAAUGGGUAUUACAUAAUAAUCGAAAUAUUGUCCACAUUUUAGAAGAUUUGCCUAGUGUGAAACCUGAUAUUGACCAUUUAUGUGAACUUCUUCCUCGAUUACAAUGUCGUUAUUAUUCAAUAUCAUCAUCACCUAAAGUUUAUCCAAAAUCAAUUCAUAUAACAGCAGUAAAAGUGGAAUAUGAGACACCGACCAGUCGAAUAAAUAGAGGAGUUGCCACUAAUUUAUUAUCACAACUGAAACCUAAAGAAAAUGAACCAUUACCUAUCAUUCCAGUAUUUAUCAGGCGAUCUCAGUUUAGAUUGCCCCCAAAAAGUCAAACUCCUAUUAUUAUGAUCGGUCCAGGUACAGGAUUGGCUCCAUUCAGAGGUUUUAUUCAAGAAAGAGAUUUUGCUAGAAAAGAAGGUAGAGAAGUUGGUAAAAUGAUACUUUAUUUUGGAUGUCGUAAAAAGGAAGAAGACUUUAUUUAUGAAGAUGAAUUAAAAGAAUAUGUUUCAAAUGGAACAUUGACCAAGCUUCAUUUAGCAUUUUCUCGUGAUCAACCAGAGAAACAAUAUGUUACUCAUUUACUAGAACAAAACGCUGAUGAACUUUGGAAUGUAAUUGGUGAAAAUAAUGGACAUUUAUAUGUUUGUGGUGAUGCAAGAAGCAUGGCCAAGGAUGUUCAUGCUAUAAUAGUAAAAGUUGUGAUGGAAAAAGGUCAAAUGACUAAUACUCAAGCACUUAACUAUGUUAAAAAAAUGGAACAACAAAAAAGAUACUCUGCUGAUGUAUGGAGUUGAUUUUAUAAGUAGUAAAAUUAAUAUAGCAGUGCCGAAGUAUAAGUUUUCAUUGAAGUAUAAAUGCAUUUUGAUUACAUUUUUAAAUUAAUAAAUUACUUAUACAAAUUACAGUGAUGUGUACUUAUCAAAUAUUUUUUAUAACACAACAUAAGAUACUGUUGGGCAUGUAAAAAAUGUAUUGAUUAUAAAACUUGUUACUAAUUAAGUUUACGUUGACAAAUGUAUAGUAAAUUUCUGUAUAAUAAUUAAUAUGUAUGUUAUGGGAAUUUUUUUUAAAUUAUAUUGUUUAUAUUAAACAUA